AGCCCCCUCGCUCUGGGCGGGGACGCAGCGCAGCCCGGAGAGCAGCGGGGGCGCGAGGGGGAGCCGGCGGGGACGGCCAAUGCGAAACUGGCUGGUGCUUCUGUGCCCGUGCGUGCUCGGGGCCGCGCUGCACCUCUGGCUGCGGCUGCGCUCCCCGCCGCCCGCCCGUGCCUCCAGGGCCGGCCCAGCAGAUCAGUUGGCCUUAGUUCCUCAGUGGAAAUCCAGUCACUAUGAGGUGAUAGUUGGUGUGUUGUCAGCUCGCCAUAACCACGAACUUCGAAAUGUGAUAAGAAACACCUGGUUGAAGCAUUUGAUACAACAUCCAGUGUUGAGUCAACGUGUGCUUGUGAAGUUCAUAAUUGGUGCUCGUGGCUGUGAGGUGCCUGUGGAAGACAGGGAGGACCCCUACUCCUGCCGACUGCUCAACAUCACACACCCAGUUUUAAAUCAGGAAAUUGAGGCAUUUGGCCUUUCUGAAGAUGCCUCAUUGGGGCUGUCUGAGGACCGAGUUGUCAGCGUGAGCUUCCGCGUUCUCUACCCCAUUGUGAUCACCAGUCUUGGCGUGUUCUAUGAUGCAAGCGAUGUGGGCUUUCAGAGGAACGUCACAGUCAAGCUCUAUCAGGCAGAGCAGGAGGAGGCGCUCUUUGUUGCUCGCUUUAGUCCUCCGAGCUGUGGAGUUCAGGUGAACAAGCUGUGGUAUAAACCUGUGGAGCAGUUCAUCUUACCAGAGAGUUUUGAAGGUACAAUUGUGUGGGAGAGCCAAGACCUCCAUGGCCUUGUAUCAAGAAACCUUCACCAAGUGAUGGUGAAUGAUGGAGGGGGCGUCCUUCGAGUCCUCACGGCUGCGGAGGGUGCUCUGCCUCCCGAAUUCCUAGAAGGUGUGGAGGGAGUCGCAGGUGGCUUUAUCUAUACCAUUCAGGAAGGUGAUGCGCUGUUACACAGCCUUCACUCUCGGCCUCAGAGACUGAAGGAGCACAUGAGGCGCCUCCGGGAGGAAGAUGCCUUACUGCAGGAGGAGAGUAGCAUCUAUGACGACAUCGUCUUUGUGGAUGUUGUUGACACUUACCGAAACGUUCCUGCAAAACUACUGAACUUCUACCGAUGGACCGUGGAGACUACCAGCUUUGCUUUGCUGCUGAAGACGGAUGACGACUGUUACAUAGACUUAGAAGCCGUGUUUAACAGAAUUGCCCAGAAGAAUCUGGAGGGGCCAAAUGUUUGGUGGGGAAAUUUCAGGUUGAACUGGGCAGUGGACCGGACAGGGAAGUGGCAGGAGCUGGAGUACCCCAGCCCUGCCUACCCCGCCUUUGCAUGCGGCUCAGGGUAUGUGAUCUCCAGGGACAUCGUGGACUGGCUGGCUGGCAACUCAGGGAGGCUGAAGACUUACCAGGGUGAAGAUGUAAGCAUGGGCAUUUGGAUGGCAGCCAUAGGACCUAAACGACACCAGGACAGCCUGUGGCUGUGUGAGAAGACAUGUGAGACGGGCAUGCUGUCCUCCCCUCAGUACUCGCCACGGGAGCUGAGGGCACUGUGGGAGCUGAAGGAGCGCUGCGGUGACCCCUGCCAGUGUGAUGCCCGGUGCAGCGAGUCAGCGGGCAGCGGCUAAGGACAGGGCACCAGGAUUGCCACCUUGAAGUCAGAAGGAAAAGCCCAAUGUUUGGCAAUAGGAAAAUAAUAGUCUUUCUAGAUGGUUCUUGGCCGGCACUUUAACCUGUAAGCAAUGUGAUGUGUCUUAAUGUUUGCACAAAUCUCCUUAAAGUCAAUUCAUACUGUAGCAUAAAAAAAGUUUUUACUUAUAUAUUGAAAGAUUUAAAAGAUACCAAAUUUUUUAUAAAAGGAGAAAUAUUUCUAAGUCCUGAUGCACUGUCUCUAAUUAGAAAUCCAUCAUGAUUACUUUGUUAAAACAUGGCCUAGUUCAGAAAUUUUUAUUAGUAACUCAGUUUGAAUCUCAAUUUGGGUUGUAGAAAUAGCUUAAUGAGAGCAAGUGCAGACUUAAAAAAUAAAAAAAAUGCUGUGUGAGCAGUGGUCACUUAAACCAAAGUUUGAGGUUCCUGGAAAUGAUGUCAGACUUGGAGGAUCUGACUGAGUGGGCAACCUUUUUUUAAAUAUGUCCAUUUUUAUAUGAUUAAAUCAAGUUCCCUUUUGCCAUUUAAUCCAGAUCCUGAAGACCAUAUGAUUAGCACUUGUAUUGAACACUGAAUUUUUUGUGAAUGUGAAUAAAACAUCUCUCAGGGUUUAGUGCCGUGGAGAUUUCUAAAUGGCAGACACUUGGAGUCAAUCCUUUUGCUUCCCUCCUAUCAUUGCCUAAUAAUGGUUUAAAAUGAUUAGUCAGGUGAUCUUCUGCAGAGGAUAUGCUCAGGUUGAGGUAUAACUAUGAGGCAAAGUAUGACUAACUUUUUAAGUACUCUAAAAAUAGAAGGCAUACACCCAGAGGAGAGCCUGUCUCCCCACUAACCAGCUUGAUUUAUUAGUAACUGAGAAGAUAGCAGUCCCAAUAGGAAUUCCAUUGAAACUAGUCUUAUGACAGACCCUAUGAUGUCUAUACUCAUUCAACUAGCAAGCUUUUUUAGUAUUUAAGUCUUCCCAUAAUGAGCUAUAUAAGAUCAGAAAGUCAUUAGUCAAAGCCUUUAUUAUUGCUAUUAUAUAUACAAGCCU